AUCACACGUGUUUCCGAGCGGCAGGCAGGAGGCAGAGUGAGGGGAACAGAGACGGCAGGCAGACCCCGAGAGAGCCGGCCCCCCGGCCCCCCCCCCCCACCCUCCUGCCAGACUGCCACUUUUACAGGAGGAGAGAAAGAAAAGAGCUGUGUCUCACGGGAGAUUUACCGCCCAGUCAUGAGCAGCGGGAAAGCUGUGAGGUCGCAGGAGUAGCUCGCGGAGCCCUUGUGUCCCAUCCGUCCGCCACGCGGUGCCCCGCCGGCCCCGGAGUAGGGGGGGCUACUGUUAUUUCCUAACUGAUAACGCUGCGUGAGAGCCGCCCCGCCGCGCAACAGCCGGCUAGCCGCGGAGAUGUCCUUCGCCAUGGUGCGCCCGGCACCGGGCCGCUUCCUUUACGCCGAGAUCAACAUGCUCUCCGAGGACGAGGAGAACGGCAGCGAGAGCUCGGGUUCCGACGACAAGUCCUUCCGGAUGGAUGGCUCCGGGUACGAGCUCAAGGUGGGCAGGAAGAGGAAGUCGGCAGCGAGCCGGCUGGUGGUGCCACAGAUGCAGCUGGGCGAAGGCCGGCAACGGAACGCGGCCAACGCCCGCGAGCGCGAUCGCACCAACAGCGUGAACACGGCCUUCAGUGCCCUGCGCACGCUCAUCCCCACCGAGCCGGCCGACCGCAAGCUCUCCAAGAUCGAGACGCUGCGCCUGGCAUCUAGCUACAUCUCACACCUGGGCAACGUGCUGCUGGUGGGCGAGGCGUGUGGAGACGGGCAGCCCUGCCAUACCUCCUCCUCCUACUACCACCACGGCUCCCCGGCGCGGGACGCCGACAUCUCCCAGCCCAAGCAAAUCUGCACCUUCUGCCUGAGCAACCAGCGGAAGAUGAGCAAAGACAGAGAACGGAGAACAGCGCUGAGGAGUUAAUGACGAGACACACGGCCAGCCAGCGAGGGACUGCAUCAGGACGCCGGCACUGUGGAGGAGGCGCACAGACGCCCACCGGUUGUAUAUAUGCAAAUAUAAAUAUAUAAAUAUUUAAAUACAUAUUACAAACUCCUGAACGCAAUGGUGUAGCGAAGCAAUCAGCCUGUGGAUGGCCUGCACAUCGGACUUCCCGGACUGAGAGACAGCUGUGGACCGCCAGAUCCUGUUAACAUUCGUACGUUGGUGUAUUAUUAAAGAAGUCCCCCCCCCCCCCACAGCUUCACCCUGUCUUCCAGUGUUUAUCAAGUAAAUGUGAAAAGACAGUGAAUCGAAGGCUUCAGUUUGAUCCAUGAACUCCAGAAAAGGUUCCUUCCACGGACGUGAGUGGAAACGCCUCGGAACCGGGAACUUUGGGAACCGAGCACUAGAGGUAAAAUGCAAAAUAAACAAAUGGAUGCAGGACGGUGCUUCCACAUGGAGGAAUCUGCACCGCACCGAGUGUGACGGCCAGCAGGAGGUCUUGGGGACGCGCUCGCAGGCAGACCAAGUGGGACACGAAAGCCCCCACCCCAGCAACCCUGCCACACAGCAUUGCUUCCUGUGUUUCCCGGCAAAUGACAACUAAAAUCCUGUUAUCCGGUAUUAAUGGGUUUGUACUGAUCAAAAUAAAGAUGCAAUAUCUCUGCCGUCCCCCGAGGAAUCAA